UCAAUUUUAAGAUACCUCACAUUUUGGUUACACCACGAUUACGUAAUGCCUUGCGUGGACAAGAGCUUAUUUACAUUAUUUCUUUCGAAAUUUCGUAUGCUCUCAGUAAAUCACAAACUAACCGCGUUCUCGUUUUUUAUUAUUAUCAAUUUAACGCAUUGUACGCUCAUUGAGCCUACGAACGUGUGACAUUAUUAUUCUUAUGGGUGCCUCAGAUUUAUUCACUUUAAUUUUAUUUGUGGAUCUGUAUGGUUAUCCAUACUAAGUUCCUAAACGUGAAUAUUACAAUGAAAAAGUCGCUGAUACUUUGGAUACUUAAUGUUCUUAUUCUUGUUGAAACAAAGCCCUCUUGUACUGACAAUGAUUUAUAUGCUCUGAUACUCGCUCGUGGAGGAAGCAAGGGAAUUAAAAACAAGAAUAUGGUUGAAAUUGAUGGAUUAUCUCUAUUAUCACGAACUGUACUUACUAUCAGAAAUUCUAGUUGCUUUCAACACAUUUGGGUUUCUACAGAUGACAAGAAAAUUGCAAUGGAAGCUGAAAAAUAUGGUGCUCGAGUACAUAUUCGACCUCCGCAUUAUGCAAGAGAUGAGUCGUCAUCCAUUGAAGCUGUUAUGGAGUUCCUGGAAGUUCAUAGCAAAGUUCAAAAUUUUUCAUUGUUUCAAUGCACUUCGGUUUUCCUAAGAGAAAACUAUAUUCAAGAAGCAGUCGAGAAAUUUCAGACACAUGAUUGCGUCUUUGCUGUAAAGAGAAUUCAUUUCUUACGUUGGAAAAUGGUUGAUGAUAAAAUCCUGCCUGUGGGCUUUAAUGCGGAAGCGCGUCCUAGAAGGCAAGAUUGGUCAGGAGAUUUGGUUGAAGCGGGAAUGUUUUAUUUUUCAAAGAGAAAACUCGCAAUGAAAGGAAUUUUUCAAAAUGAAAAGUGUUCUGUUGUUGAAAUUGCACCGGAGGAUGGUCUAGAAAUUGAUUCAUAUCGAGAUCUCACGAUAGCACGCAGUAUUAUAAAGGAUGAGUUAUAGAAUAUGUGGAUCAAAUAUAUUAAUUAACUUAACACCAAGAACACAAAAAAACUUGAUUUUAUUCAACUUUGUAGUACUUGAAAAAUCAAAUUUUCUUUGUUGUUUGAUUUUUUUAUUUAACAAACCAAAAAAAUUAUGUCUUGCAGUC